GUCUUUCAAACACAUACCUUCUGUCUUUUUUUUUUUUUUGUUGAGAAAAUGUAAACACUAUUGAAUCGGGCUUAUUGGCUUAAGUACAAUCAGAAAUUAACAAAUCCACCAAAAAAUUUGAAAGAGAUUAAAAAGAAGAAAAAUCCUUGGAAUGAAGCGCCCAUGCAACCAGCCAAAUAGUGAGCAACUCCAUUAUGUUCUCUAUAAAUGUGCUUGAAGUAACAACCAGGUAGAUUGACAAGAAGAAGCUUUAGGUCCAGGUACAGCGACCGAAGACUAGGAUCGGAGUCUGAUGGUAGAUCGAUAGAAACAGCCAACUUAGAGCAAUCCGUCUCAAAUCUCAGUGCCUGCGGACCCAAAGAACGUGCAAAAUCCAAAGCCUCAAACCCCACUAAUAACUCUUCAUGCUCAGCUGAUGAAGCACGAUCAAUAUACUUAGCCCGGCCUCCCAUACAAAUACCAUUACUAUCUCUAGCAAUAAGGCCAACACCUCCCUCUAAUGUAACAGGAUUAAAGACCCCAUCCAAGCAGAUACUCACUCAACCCGGCAUAGGCUACAUCCAUCUAGAUUUGGGGCGACCAGAUUUACUAACAGAUGGGUUAGCAGUUUUUUUGAUACGAAGAUGGGUUAGCAAUUACAUAAUCCUAAACACAUACCUUUUGUCUUGGUUGUAAUUCCAAGAUUUAUUUCAGACGUAACAGUUGCCUUCGGUCCUUUCCUAAUGAAAGACUUUGCAAGUCAUUCAGUCUUUGUUCACCGAUGUGGAAUAGAACGAUUAAGACCAGACCUGAAGAAAAAGAUAUCUCAACUUCAAUUUGCACUGAAGUUGAUGAUUACGUAGACACUUUAAUAAUUAAGGACUCGAAAUUUCUAAAUGAAAGACCUUUAAAAGUCAUUGUUGCUGCAGCUCUGGUACUUAAUAUAUACCCAAUACAAUCAGUGAUUAGAAACCCUAUAAUUUGCCCGAGGACUAGACAAGGACCAGAACAUUGGUCAUGCUUAUGAUUUCAUAUCAGAAGCAGCGGAACUCCCCCUCUUCAACUUCAUCCUCUCAUCUUUCUCCACCUACAAUGAAACCAAUCAUCACUCUUCUCUACCUCUCCUUGUUUCUCCACAUCCUCACUCUCUUUGUCGCCGGUCAGGCGCCACCAUACACUCCUGUUGACAAUAUCACCCUCGCCUGCGGCAAUUCCGGCCAACCGAGCUCCAAUGUCGACCUCAGAAAGUGGAGUGGAGAUAUCGACUCAAAAUUCACCCCAAUAGGUAACGCAUCCCAAUCCAUAGAUGCACCGCGGUCGUCCACCGCCAGCGACGUCCCUUACACCAAAGCUCGGCUCUCUCGCUCCAAAUUCACUUACACAAUUCCCCUCUCUCCGGGCCAAAAGUUCAUCCGCUUGCAUUUCAAUCCAGAUACAUACAACCCGAACUUCCAACGCUCCAACUCCCUCUUCUCCGUCACCGCCGCCGGCUUCACUCUCCUCAAAGACUUCAACGCCUCCGUCACCGCCGACUCUUCCGGCGAGUCCCCACUUGUCAUAGAAUUCUGUGUUAACAUCGAGACAGGAGAGAGACUCAACAUCACCUUCACACCAAGCGAAGAUGCGUACGCUUUCAUCAACGGAAUCGAAAUCGUGUCCAUGCCCACCGGUUUUUACUAUACUUCAGCCAAUUUCAUCAACACCAGCGCAAGCACAUAUCUGAUCGCAAACAACACAGCUCUGGAGAUGGUGUACCGAAUCAACGUCGGCGGAGCCCCCAUCUCACCGGAAGGAGACUCCGGAAUGUACCGGACUUGGGAAACUGCCGAUGAAACUUAUUUGGAUGAUAUAAGUAAAAAAGAAAGCGUGCUACCGCAGAACAAUACAAUCAAGCUCAACUUCGUCAAAAUUCCAGAAUACUCUGCCCCAAAACCAGUUUACACAACAGGUCGGUCAAUGGGGAUGAACAAAACCAUCAACAAGAGCUAUAACCUCACAUGGGUAUUUCCCGUGGAUCCCAAGUUUUAUUACCUGGUGAGACUUCAUUUUUGUGAGUUUGAAUCUGAAAUUACCAAGUUCAGAGAUCGAGCGUUUCAAAUCUCCAUGGCCAAUCAAACGGCAGAAAAUAUUGCAGAUGUUAUCCAAUGGAGUGGAGCAAAUGGGAAUCCAGUUUACAGAGACUAUGUUGUGGGCAUGUUUAUGUCUCAGGUUGGAAGCCAGAAGAAAGUUAACCUCUUUCUAGAACUUGCAGCGCUACAGAAUGAUUCGGAUACUACAUACAACGAUGCCAUCUUGAACGGGCUAGAAAUCUUCAAGCUCAGUGACCCGAGUCGGAAUCUUGCCGGACCCAACCCCGACCCGCCUCCACCGACGCUGGCACAGCAAAUCCCCAAAAGUUCAACUACAAGUAAAUCACAUACUUCUUUGCUGCCCAUCAUAGUUGGUGUACUCUCCGGAGUCCUACUUCUUCUCUAUGUUCUUGUAAUUUUAGUUUUCAGGCGAGGAAGGAAAGUCGAGGAGUCUAGUUCCAGCCGGGGAAAGUUGACUUUACCGUCCUGUUUGUGUCAUUACUUUUCGCUACCGGAAAUGAAAGCCGCCACUCAAAACUUCAAUGAUUCUCGCAUCAUUGGAGUUGGAGGGUUUGGCCAUGUGUACGAAGGAUUUCUUGCGGAUGGGUCUACCCAUGUUGCAAUCAAACGGUUGAAAGACAUGUCAUCACAAGGGGCCCGCGAGUUUAGGACAGAAAUUGAGAUGCUCUCUCGACUUCGUCACCGCAAUUUAGUGUCUCUUAUUGGAUACUGUGCCGAUGAAGGUGAGAUGAUCUUGGUGUAUGAUUACAUGGCACAUGGGACACUUGGUGACCAUCUCCACCACACUGAUAAUCCACCUCUUUCGUGGGAACAACGGCUUCAAAUUUGUAUUGGUGCAGCGCAAGGUUUGCACUAUCUACAUACAGGUACUGAGGGCACCAUCAUUCACCGAGAUGUGAAGAGCACAAACAUAUUAUUGGAUGAGAAAUGGGUAGCCAAAGUUUCAGAUUUUGGGUUGUCGAAGAAUGGCACAAUCACCCUUUCCAAGACCCACAUUAGCACAAAGGUGAAGGGUAGUUUCGGAUAUCUUGACCCCGAAUACUAUCGACGUCAACAAUUGACUGAGAAGUCUGAUGUGUACUCAUUUGGCGUGAUUUUGUGCGAGGUAUUAUCUGGAAGGCCAGCCGUGACAACCGUGGACAAUAAUCGAGUCGGCCUGGUUGGAUGGGUCAAGAAGUGUCAUGGUAAUGGGAAACUUGAUCAAAUUAUUGACCCAAAUUUGAAGGGUAAAAUUGCAGUGAGAUGCUUGCAUAAAUUUGUUUCCAUCGCAAUGCGUUGCAUGGAUGAUAAUGGGAUCAAUCGGCCGUCAAUGGACGAUGUUGUGAGAGAGCUUCAAUUUGCAUUGAAGAUGCAACAAAACAACGAGGACUAUACUGAUCGCAUUGAAAUGACAGUUCAAGAUAGAAUUGCUUUGAUCAAGGACAAUGAAGGGUCUUGUUCUAGUGAGCAAAGUAGUGGGGUGAACGAAUCCGUCCAAGGGUUGACUGGCACAAUCUUCUCCGAGAUCAUUGAUCCGGUUGGGAGAUAGUCAAUGAGCAACAUGGUUAACAAGAUGAAAGCAAUCCUUGUACAACUUCUUUUUCCUUUUGAGAAUGUGGAAUAUGUAAGAUGUAAACUUGAGAACACAAGGAUAAAUCACAGAAUAUUUAGAUACAAAUGACAAGACUUGCUCCAAAUUUCACUAU